GUCGUCGAGCCUGUGGGAACAAUGGAGUAAAAGAGAAAAACCUUUUUCAGUUCUACAAUCGCAUUUAGAGGGGUAGGGGGUUUUGAAAGUUGAAACUUGAGAGAGCAACAGAGAGGGAAGGGAGAGAGUCUUAGACGUAUUCCCGCCUCUUUUGCGAGAGAGAAAAAUAAAUUCGAGGAACAGAAUCUUGUAGUUGAUCUCUAGCUUCGGCAAUUUUUAUUUGUUACUACGAAUGUUUUGUAGAGGGGCUCGAAUCUUGAUUUCUAAAAGACAGGAAAUUUUGUAGUGAGAGAGGGAGAGAGAUCUGUGGUGGACGAUGGCAAUCCUCUACGCUGUGGUGGCACGGGGAUCGGUGCUUCUGGCCGAGUUCAGUGCCACCUCGACCAACGCGAGCGCCAUCGCGCGGCAGAUUCUCGAGAAGAUACCCGGGAACACCGACACCCACGUCUCCUAUUCUCAGGACCGUUACAUCUUCCACGUCAAGCGCACCGACGGCCUCACCGUCCUCUGUAUGGCCGACGAGAACGCCGGAAGGAGAAUCCCAUUUGCGUUUCUCGAAGACAUUCAUCAGAGAUUUGUGAGGACUUACGGGCGUGCAGUUCAUUCUGCCCAUGCUUAUGGCAUGAAUGAUGAAUUCUCAAGGGUUUUGAGCCAGCAAAUGGAAUACUACUCGAACGACCCAAAUGCUGAUAGGAUAAAUCGACUAAAAGGUGAAAUGAGUCAGGUGCGAAACGUCAUGAUAGAGAAUAUUGACAAAGUUCUCGAGAGAGGCGACCGUCUGGAAUUGCUGGUUGACAAAACUGCAAACAUGCAAGGAAACACCUUCCGCUUCAGAAAGCAAGCUCGUCGUUUUAAAAGCACGGUGUGGUGGAGAAACGUCAAGCUCACCGCUGCACUGGUACUCUUGCUGCUGGUGAUUGUUUAUGUUGUACUGGCUUUCGUCUGCCAUGGUCUCACCCUUCCUUCCUGCCUUUAGUGAGGUUGUAAGGGUGGCAUGGACUGAGAUUUGUAUGUGCUUCUAGUUUUCGCCCCGUCUGCUUUUUUGGGUUGCGGUAUAUGGGUUCCGGUACUCACCCGUCAGCACGAGUGCCCUUUUCGUAUUACUCAUAGUAGUCGAAGCGAUUCACGUUUGUAUUUCUUUUGAAGCCACGGAUUGAUGAGUUAAGAUUUAUAAAUUGGAGACCAUCUGGCUUUCAGGUGCAGAA